GAGGACGGGCCAGUCCAGGAGGAUCUUUUAGGACCCUCACAGAGACCACAAUCUGCCUGCUGACUCUUUCUCACAAAGACUCUGAGAGACGCGCACAGCCAUUCUGUUUACUCGCAAACAUUUGGUCGCCAUGCUGCAACGACGCGGCGGAUAAAAACAAACCCCCCCAAAAAAAAAAAAUUCCAAGGACGCAGAAGAAGAGGAAUUUCCCUCCGAAUUCAACUUUUUAGUGUUUUGACGCUCUGUGGCGGGGCGGCGUGGCGCCUGCUAUGCGGUUUGUGAGUGAGACUUGUGAGAUUCUUCUUGUUUUCCUUGCCUAAGAGAGACGACGCGCGCACGGCGCCAUGCUGCUGGACGCCGGCCACCAGUUCCCGGGUCUGGGCUCCUUCGCCCGCCAUCACCACCCCGCCGCGGCCGCCGCCGACAUGCAGGACCGCGACCUGGGUCUGGCCCAGAACUCCUUCGUGGACUCGGCCCACAUGGGCGCCUUCAAGCUCAACCACGACCUCUCCCCGGGGCAGAGCUCCGCCUUCAGCAGCCAAGCUCCGGGCUACCCGGCGGCGGCGCUGGGCGCGCACGCCGCCCACGUCACCUCCUACGCGGGCUCCCCGUUCAACUCCACGCGGGACUUCCUGUUCCGCAGCCGCGGCUUCGGCGACACGUCCCCGGCGGGCGGGCAGCACGCCCUCUUCGGCGCGGCGGCGGCGGGCUCCCUGCACCCGCCGCACCACCACACGGACACGCCGCAGGGCCACCUCCUGUUCCCGGGCAUCCACGAGCAGCACGGCUCCGGCAACGUCCUCAACGGGCAGAUGAGGCUCGGCCUGGCGGGGGAGGUGUUCGGGCGCACCGAGCAGUACCACCAGGUGUCCAGCCCCCGGACCGACCCGUACGCGGCGGCGCAGCUGCACAACCAGUACGGCUCCAUGAACAUGAACAUGGCGGCGCACCACCACCACCACCACCACCACCACCCGGGCGCCUUCUUCCGCUACAUGCGGCAGCAGUGCAUCAAGCAGGAGCUCAUCUGCAAGUGGAUCGAGCCGGAGCAGCUGAGCAGCCCCAAGAAGUGCUGCAACAAGACCUUCAGCACCAUGCACGAAUUGGUCACGCACGUCUCCGUGGAGCACGUCGGCGGGCCCGAGCAGACCAACCACAUCUGCUUCUGGGAGGAGUGCCCGCGGGAGAGCAAGCCCUUCAAGGCCAAGUACAAGCUGGUCAACCACAUCAGGGUCCACACCGGGGAGAAACCCUUUCCCUGUCCCUUCCCGGGCUGCGGGAAGGUCUUUGCGCGCUCCGAGAACCUCAAGAUCCACAAGAGGACCCACACAGGAGAGAAACCUUUCCAGUGCGAGUUUGAAGGCUGCGACAGGAGGUUUGCAAACAGCAGCGACCGAAAGAAGCACAUGCACGUCCACACCUCGGACAAGCCCUACCUGUGCAAGAUGUGCGACAAGUCCUACACGCAUCCCAGCUCCUUGCGGAAACACAUGAAGGUGCACGAGUCGUCCCCGCCCACGUCCGACUCCUCGCCGGCAGCCAGCUCGGGCUACGAGUCGUCCACCCCCCCGGGCCUGGUGUCGCCCACAGCCGAGACCCAAAGCAACAACACCCUGUCGCCGGCCUCUGCCGUGCACAGCAGCACCAGCCACAGCGGCCUCUCGUCCAAUUUCAGUGAAUGGUAUGUGUAGGACCCGAACUGAAGGCGUCACUCACACACACACACGCACACACACACACACACAUUUCCCAGCACUGGACCAGGACAUUAAGGACAUGUGACGAUGACUUAGUCUCCAGCGCCGCUUACAAAAAGUGUAUCAUAGGACGCUGAUGUAAAUAAUGGCUGACUUUGUGCUCGUUUGGUCUCUUUGGUGUCUAAAUGUUUCUUCGAUGGUAGCUCUCUCUCUCUCUCUCUCUCUCUCUGAACUGGACUCUCGCGUGCACAUAAUACAACAACAACAACAACAACAACAACAACUGUACUCCAUAUUUCGCCCUAAACUUGGAAACUCGAUUGUAUUAUAGGAAAACGAAUAAGAAGAAGCGGAAAGGGUGCCAAAGUUGAACACGGACAUUUUGAUCAUGCUUUGUGAAUGUACAUUAUGUUUUAUUUUGAAAAGUUAACUUACUUGUGUCAUUUGUGUGUGUGUGUGUGCGUGUGUGUGUGUGUGUGUGCUCGGCAAGUUGUGGCCAGCAAACCACGGAAAGGAGAAAAAAAAGGCUAACAUUUUCUUAUGUUUGUGUGUGUAUUUGUAAAUAGCCAACUGCCAUAUUUAUCCAUUUGUAAGUAAAUUAUGGUAAUUACUUGCUACAGAUGAAAUGUAUUUAUAAAAGAAUCUUUGUGUUUUUUUUUUGUUUUUUUUUCUUGGAACUAUAAAUAUGUAUAUUUUAAGAGCUUAACCCGGGCAGUUGUUUCGUCGUGCAUUUUUUUGUUUGUUUUGUUUUUGGAAAGUUUAAAAAAAAAAAAAAAAAAGUGUUUUCAUCCUGACUGUGAUAAAACAUUUGACUCCAUACAAAUAUAAUAAAAUCAAUUGUUGCAAGUGAUAUAUAUAUACAUUUUUUUUUUUUCUUCCUUGUGCCUCAUUUUUCUGGUGUUUUUGCA